AUGCAGGUCAUAUCUUUAAACUUGGAAACGGAUGGAUGCCAUACUAGAACUGAACCGAUCCCUCAGAGCCCGGCACCAGCAAGCUCGUCGAUGAAAGAUGAGCUGAAUGAAAGGGAAGUGCAGUUAGUUACGAGCACUAAUCAAACAAAAACUGAUGCUAAGAGUGGCGAAGUUAUCGAAACGAAAGAAGAAAAUGACGGCGUCCAGGUUUCUGAACCAACUAUUACCUUUGUGGCAGAAGAUCAUAUUCAACAUUUUCCAGGCAUAGUACCAGAUACUCUGCCUAAAAGUAGUAUUGAAAUUGACGAAAAUAGCAUUGAACUACGAUACGAUAAAAGUAUUACUGGUUCUAUUUUACUACCGUCACACGAUAAAAAUUCCAUUUUUACCUACGCUGAACAUGGUAAUUUCCCAGCAUUUAUACGAGUGUUGGAGAUCCAUCACGCAGAAGUUGUACUUAUGAGAAACGAUCGUAACCAGGUGAGUAUCAAUAUAUUGCCCAUCCAAAAAAACAAUAUCUAUGGCGCACAGCAAGUUAAAUUGAAAACAAAAGUGACACAGAAAGAUAGAGAAUUUUCUGUGCUUCUAAAUGAGCCGUGA